GGCUCUUUGAGGGGGUCCAGGGGUGCAGGCAGAGGCUGGGUGGGAGAGGUUGGGUUGGGGAUGCAUAACAUAAGUUGUUAUCACGCAAGGGGGUUGGUUGUCUCGGGGAAGAUUCAGCUGUUGUGGUGAGCUUUAUAUCUAGCCUCUGCUCUGCAUAUUUUUUAAAAGUUUCGUUUCUGGUUCUAUUAUACAUAAUUGGCUGUUACUGAAGCGAUUUUUACGAAUUCCUACCGAAGCAUCGAUUUGCAGUUGACGGGUACUUGAGAACGCGCCUGAAGUCGAGACGACCGUGUACUGGUGUGCUGGAACUUGGGACGCGUCCGAAACAUCACUUUCAUCAGCCAGCGCCACGUACACACAUGCUUUGGGUAUAAUAAUUUGCCUCGACAACAAAAACGCAGAGACAUAAAUUCAGACAGGAUAUUACUGCUUUGUGCUACCUUGACCGGGCCUGCUGCAUACGGAAAAUAGCAUCUGGUCAUUUCUUCAAUACCUGCUGUGAGAAAGAAAUUCUGCACGGGCUGUGCAGUGAUAGUGUAACACGGCACGGCAGAUUCCAGAUCGAAAUUAACAUCGGUGUGAAAGAGUUACCCGAUUUAUGGUGAUACUGUGGAAUUGCUUGAUUAGUAUAUAGUUUCAUCAUCCCGUCGAGCUUUACGGGAUCUGCAGGAAUCUCUUGAGAGAUUGACUGUGAGACUCGUGGAAGAUGAAGAUCCAACAGCUUCUUGUCGCUGCUGCGACAUUGGCAUCUCCCAUCCUCGCAAAACUAGCCACCUUCUCCCCCACAACCGGCAUCACCUACUCCGUCGGCAUCCCCCAAUCAACCGUCGCCUCCAGCACCCAGCACGGCGACAUCUUCAUCUCCGUCUCCUUCCCCGCCAAAUACCAAUAUGUCGGUUUCGGCAUCGGCACCCACAUGGCCGGCGCCACCAUCUUCGCCGUCUACACCGACGGCAGCGGCAACGUGACCGUCUCCCCCCGCGACGGAACCGGGCACUUUGAACCCCAGCACAGCACCAGCAAGACCGUCACCCUCCUCGCCGGCUCAAAAGCAGACGCCACCACCGUGGUCGCGAACUUCAAGUACCGCGCCGAUGAAGUGCUGCUGCAGGUUCAAAGCGCCUCGUCGCCGUUCAUCGGCUCCUGGAAGGAGGGCCCGGCGUUCAACACUGCGGAUCUCGCGCAGACGCUCGACCAACACGAUGAUCACAGUAUCUACACGCUGGACCUAGCGAGCGCGAAUGUGGGGGUGUCGCAGAAUCCGUUUCUGGGCGGGGCCACGGACGCGGUGCAGCCGGUCACGCAGCCGUCGUCGCAGGGGGGUGGGUUUGAUAUUGCCCUGGGGAAGAGGCUGUUGAAGGCGCAUGGGACGCUGAUGGGGGUGGCGUGGUUGAUUGUGUAUCCGGUUGGAGCGAUCUUGAUGAGGUUGCGUUGGGGGGGCGUGUGGGCGCAUGUGUUCAUACAGGUGGUGGGGACGUCGAUGGUGAUUGCGGCGUUUGCGAUUGGGUAUACGUUCUCGGGGACGUAUGGGAUACGCUUCAACAACACGCACACUCUCUUUGGCGCCGCGAUCUUCGGACUCAUACUAGUGCAGCCCUUUCUGGGGAUUGCACACCACCUUCUCUACAGACGUGAGGGGAAGGGCACGCUCUUUGGUCUGCUGCACUGCUGGUAUGGCCGCGCGAUCAUCAUCCUGGCUGUCGUCAAUGGAGGCUUGGGGCUGCAGAUGGCUAAUAACUCGAGGGGCGGCGAGAUCGCGUGGGGGGUUAUUGCUGGCGUCAUGCUGUUGGCGUAUCUUGGGGUGUCGGCGUAUUCGCUGAAGGGGAAUAAGACGCAGAAGAAGGUUAAGGAUAAGGAUGACGAGUCGACGGGGGAGGAGUUGAGGGCUGUUUAGGGGCGAGAAGGUAUAUGAAUGACAGAGUGGGUUGGGUUUGUUCGGGCCGGAUCGCUAUUUACAUCCUGUUUUGAACGACUUAACUUUGCUUGGAGAGCUUGAAGAGCUUGGAGCGGAGCCUAGAGAAGUUUGACGCCUGGGGAAAGUACGUUACGUUUUACUGUAUUUGGGGGUGGAUCAGUAUGACGGGGAUGAUCGGGCUUGGAGAUCCUUUGAAAAUGGGAAAGAUAUUGAACAUCGGACAUGGAUAUGAUUUGCAUGAAUAAGAUGGGUCAACUCAGGUUAGGGGGUUACCUAAGUCGUUUAAUGAAGUACAGUACCUCCCCCCGUAUAGUUCGGCUGUCAAGACCAGAUAGAGUAAUAAUUGGGAGAUAUAUAUCUACAUACUUAGGAUUGUUAUUAGAAGCCAAGGGGGCCAAGAGCUGAGGGUCUCAUAGUGUUCUUAUUCAGGUCGUUUGUUUGGUGUAUUUGAUGUAAUGUUGGAAUUUUGUUGGUGGAUGUUGGCUGAUAUUGGCUGAUAUUGGCUGAGG